UCGUAGCGAAAGUGAGAUUACAGGUGGACGAAGGACGAUGUGAUGGUUCAGACAAACGGGAAGAAAACAUGGAAUUGUGUUUUAUACGCGGUCUCCUUUUCGUCGCUCUGGCAGCUACAACAUUUGGAGACGAUGGACAGGUGACGUUUGUGUCCGAGCUCUCGUCCAAACCAGCUCAGAAGCUGUCAAAGUACGGCUGGUUCGGCAACGUGAGACUGCAGAGGUUUCAUAUACCAGAGGAGACUGCGGUCGCUCGCUGGCUGUUCUCCGUGACCAAGGGCCACAAAUUCAACUGCGGCCAGCACAACGUCACCAUCCAUAUUCGAUGGGGUGCCCCUCCAGUUAUAAAUCCGAUAGGGUCUGUGUUCCCCAAUGCAACUCUGUGGAGCCCUUGUCUAUCUCUGACCCUACCGGUGACAUCACACAGCUCCACGACAUUUAACCUCUCCAAUCCUGCGUCAGGUGAUUGGUACGUUGGUGCCCACUUGCCUGAAGACGAUGGGCGCAUAGAGCAGAAGGGCUUUCCGUCCUGCUCCUACUUCUUCCAGCCUCAGCUAUCAAUCAGGAGAGCAGUGGACACACCCAUUUUACAGCAGGGCACAUUCCUCCAGCAGACCGCAGCUCCAGACAAACCUGCACGCCUUAAGUUGUACGUUCCAGAAUUUGCCUCGUCUCUCUCCGUUUCUGUGACCGACUGUUCUUCAGGGGAGGGAGGGGCAGACAGUGGAAACUGCUCACUGGUCCUCAGGCUCGGCUCCACCUCUCUGCAAGAGGGCCCGGUGACGGUGAACUGCUCAGGGAUAAGCUGCUCUGCGGUUCUCUCUAGCCCUGCUUGGGACACGUGGUUACGAGUCAUCGUGGAGAGCGGCCAAGAUAACCGCACAGUGACAUUUAAUGUUGUCUCAAACUACACAGUGGGAUGCAAGCCAAAAAGCGUUGGCCUUACAGCAGAUGAUGACAUCAACAAGCUCCGUGGCAACAGCAGCUAUACCAACACCACAUUGGCAGCUAACAGCUCAGCGGUUACAGAGCCAGUUGCCUUUAGGAACGAAUCAGCAUCACCGUUAUUGCUCUUGCCGGCGUCGGCAUGCGUGUGGAGCAUCCCUGUGCUAUACGAGGAGGUGGACGUCCUGUCUCUCCGAUUCACCCCCGUCAACGGACCUAACGUCAGCGUUACGGAUACACACCCCACACUGCUCACCUACCCCCUCUACGCACAAGCCACGGGAGGCACACUCAACCUACAGCUCACACUCAACACUACUAAUGUAACACUGGGGAACAGCAGCAGCGUGGUGGCUUGUCUCUCACCCUGGGCUCCAGUCCUCGAACUCAACCAGUCUCAGCCAUGUCGUACAGCUUUGUACGGAGGAUACGGUGUUAAUGUGAAUGCCAGUGUUCCCAAAGCUGUGGUCAGGCUGCCUUUUCCUCAGUCAACAACAUGGUACCUCACUUUACAGCUCAUAUGCAACAGCAGUGACUGUGGUAAUCUGUCAGUGGUGUCUGUGGUCCCAGAGGUUUUCAUCAGUGCCUGUGUAGAGGACUGCGGGACAUACGGAGAAUGUAGACUACUGAGAUCCUACAGCUACCUGUAUGCCGCCUGUGUCUGCAAAGCUGGCUGGAGCGGUUGGGGCUGCACUGACAGUUCUACAGCUCAGUCGUACAGUCGCCAGCUGACGGCCACUCUGCUGCUCACGCUCAGCAACCUUUUCUUCCUGCCUGCCAUCGUGGUGGCCGUCAGACGCUACUACAUCACCGAGGCCUCCGUCUACCUCUUCACAAUGUUCUUCUCCACGUUCUAUCAUGCAUGUGACCAGCCGGGUGCAGCCGUACUGUGUAUAAUGGACUACGAUGCCCUCCAGUACUGUGACUUCCUGGGUUCAGUCUGUUCGUUCUGGGUUACCAUCCUGUGCAUGGCUCGCAUUGGAGACACAUUUAAAUAUACUCUGUUUAUGCUCGGGGCUCUGCUGAUAGCCAUGUCAAUGCAGCUAGAUCGUAAAGGCCUGUGGAACCUGCUGGGCCCGAUCCUCUGUUCCAUACUGAUCAUGGUUACUACUUGGGUGUACCGAGGGGUGCGGCAACGAAACUGCUACCCACCUUCGUGGAAACGAUGGGUCCUCUUCCUAAUCCCCGGGGUGCUCUGCGCUCUGAUCGGGGUUUGUUUGUACAUUUUCGCCGAGACAGAGGACAACUACUACUACACGCACUCGCUGUGGCACAUCCUGGUGGCCACCUGCGUUGUGUUCUUGCUGCCGCCGAAGGAGAAGAACAGGGAGGCGUUCGGCUGGACCAGGGGAUGGAGCUGGAGCUGGAGACCACGGGUUUGUGGAUACACACUCUGUCAGAGCAGCAAGGAUGAACUCUACACAGUCACAUAGUGAGACAUGAGACACUGUAAAAAAAAAAAAAUAAAAGGGACAAGGCGUCAGUUGUCAGACAGCUAUGUAAGCACUACAAACAUUCACAGAAGGUACAAAGACAUACAUAAAGCACAGGGUGUCUGCUGGUCUUGACAAAAUCUUAUAAUGUCUUUAUAUUUUCUAAAUGACUUAAAUAAAGCAUUUAAAAUCAAAUGUAGAUGUAUGGUUAAUGCCUGCUGCAGACUUAUAUUCUCAUAGGCCUACAGUUUUCAUAUUCACAUUCACUUCAGGUUUUAAGCUGUUCUUAUAUUUGUUCUAAUAUGGAAAUUUAAAAAAACUUUGCAGACAUCCUGAAACAACUCACACACACGCACGCACGCACACACACACGCACACACACAAAACCCCAAACUGAACCUGCUGAAACCUCCAAGGUGGUCCACUGCACCAGCUUACCAGCAGACCACCUGACCUUUGACCUCAUAAUCAGGAGUUUGUACAUAUGGUAUAUGUACAUAUUUUACUCGCAUAGUAAAUGAAUGUUCAGAGUAUUUAUAAAGAAUAGCACUUUGUGGAACUAUUUGAAAUCUUUAUAUUCAGUCUAUCACUACGUCUACAUUUAUAAUAGGUGUAAACACUCCUGAUUCUCGUAUGCUCAAAUGACACAAUGCCAGCUCAAUGUCCAAUUCAUCUCUUUUUCCAGCGCUUUCAGCUGUAUUACACUGUCUUCAUCGUGUUUUUAUCUUUAUCUUUUAAGUAGUUAAAUACAGAAGUAAGUAAGAACUGAGUAAGAACAAUCAAAUUCUCUAUUAUACAUUAUUUAACACAAGUACUGUUCUUUUACCAAAGUUUUCUCAUCACAUUUAUCAUGGGGUUUUUUUUCUCCAUAAUGUCAACUUCAGUCUCUUACUUUUCAAAUGUCAUUUUAAGGCUUUUAGUCAAGUAUGCAUGCAAACAAAUGCAAGUGCAGUGGUUUGGGAUACAGGGUGCCUCAUUACUCCUUAUAAAAACUCCAUGUCUUUAUAUACUGUACAAGUUAUUUUCAUGAACAGAAUUACAUGCGGCGUGUAUUGAAAACGAAUGACUCCUUUUUUGUCUUUUGUGUUCUCUUCUUCUGUUUCUCUGCUCAAAAACCUUAUCAGUCCUUUCUUCUUACCAAGAGUAACUCUGAAGCACUUUUAUGACUCCACUAUGUAAUGUACAUAGCCCAUAUGUGUAUGAAUGGGCAUUUGAUGAAUGUAUAUUCAGAUUAAUGUGUCCAGUGCCUCCUGUUUUCUGUAUCUUUUUGUGAAUGAGUGUGUGUGUGUAUUGUCUCUUGCAGCAGUGAAGUUAUACCAUAUUUUGUUUUAUGUAACACAUUUAAUGUGCAUAACUUUAUCUGUGUAAGUGUCCCACACAGUGAUGAUUUCUUCAGAUGGUCUUAUUGUGAUUUUGCACAGGCUCAAAUUGGCACUUGCGUAGCCUUCCUUCCUUUAAUUGUCGACAUAUUGUUUUUCUCGUGUGUAUGUGUGUGAGAGAGAGAGAGAGGAAGAAAGCGAGUGUCUGUGAAUCCCAUUGUUUCGUUAUCACAAUGAGCCCUUAUUGUUUGUAAGUAUGAGGACAUGUUUGGAAUGUUUUAUGUAAAACAUGAUUUUAUUUCCCUGUACUGGACAGUUACCCUUCAGUCUGUUAAAAACCCAAACAGCA